AAAUAAAUCAUUAAAAAAAAUCAUUAUCACAUAAAGCAUAUAUUUAGGGAAAAAUCAUUGUUUAGUGAAAUAAUUAUAAGCAUUAAAGUUCCAAGCAAAUAAGGGCACAUUCAUUUAAAAAAAUCUAGAAUUGCAUUACUUUAUUUAUCUAUGUCUUCUUUUCCCUCAGUCCUCAAACAGAAACCUGUAAAUUGCAUCUUUUCCAUCAGGCCAAAGGUCUAUGCCACAAGUUACCUCAUUGCCACGUGUUACCAUCCCAAGUAAUGCUUCGCUAAAGAGAAAAUAAAAUUCCACCAGGCAGAUCUGGAUGAAGAAAGGCAGAAGGUUGUCUCUUUUCCAUUGUCUGUUUUGUGGUAGGAAGGAGCUGUGCUGCUAAAGUACAUUGAGUGUACUGUUCUUUGCUUGACUAGGAUCUGGUAAAAGCAUGGGGAAAGUAGAGAAGCUGUUUUGCAGAAUUUUGCUGAUGCUUCUUUUACUGCAGUGUGAAAUAGGUUGGAUGCAAGAAGCAGUAAGUUCUCCAGAUUUUAUAGAAAGUACCUGCUUCUCCAGCAUAUUUUGGAUGAAGCUAAACAAGUCCUUUCUUCAGAAGAAGUUUUUCAAGAUAGAAGUCAUUGACCCAUCUGGUGUUCCAUUCUUGGUAGACCAGAUGUUGGGAGCUCGUUGUGGCUAUACUCUGUCGAAGGAUGUGUGGGGAAAUCCUAUCUUUCGGGCUUCUUUCCUUGGCUGUCAUGUUAUAAAUGAGAAAGAUGAAAGGUUCUCUCUUACUGUACACAUCAAAGUAUCAUUAUUUGAAGACCUGCGGACAGCUACAGUUUACCAGCAUCCCAUGCACUGCUCCUACUUCUCAUGGGCUCCAAGGGAAAUUCUGUGUGAAGAGAAUUACAUGGAGGUAUCAAUAAAGACUGAUGUCCCAGGGAUUUCAGAUCCUGACACAGGAGAAUGGAUGUCAGCACUACCAGAGGCACAAAAGGUUAUGUAUCAGAUGUGGAGUUUGAUGUUCUAUUCUUCAUCUGGGAUAAAAUCAACAAGAGUAACAGAUGCGGAGAAAUUAGGCUACAGCUUCAAUAACACACUGGCGAGAGUCUUCCUUCGCUCCCCAUACUCUACAAAUGAAACUCAAAAUACAGUGGUUAAUGGGGUCGCAGUGAGCACAAUCAGCUCCAUGUCCAGGUACAGGCAAAGAUGGCUACUUCUGCUGAUCGACACAACUGUAUCAUGCCCAGUUGAUGGUACCAGCUUCACAGAUACUUCUCUGAUGUGGACUAUACCAAUGAUUAACCCUAGACUGGUCCUUCAAGAAUCCACUUUCAGAUCCCUUAAAGUAUCAAUGGGAAUUAAUGGGGAAAAAAUUGAGAACCCUGAGAAGUUCAACUACACAUUGGAACACAACAUUACACACAUUGGAGUAACUAUCCCAAUUGGAGCCCCUAGAGGCAGACUUCAGAGCACAGUGUCUAAUAGUGUCUAUGGAGUGACCUAUAGUAUUGAUGUAUUGAUGGAACAUUCUUGGACAGAUAGCGAUUGGCAGCUCACCAAGUACCUAGUAAUUAAACCAAUUACUAUACCCUUCCUGCCUCGAAUACCAAUAGUAAUCAAUAAUACAGUUCCAGAAACACGGAUAUUUGAUAUAUUCCUGGGUGUCUUCCUUCCUGAUGUCAAUCUGGUGACUCUUAAAAUAGGAGAUGUGACUUUCUCUCUCAAGGAAGCAGAGCAAAAUGGCUACAGGAUCUCUGCUAUUCUCUUGCUCAAUGGAACAAGAGGCUUUGAACUGGAAGUGCCUUUUGAUGAUCCCAAUGUCCUAAAAGAAUAUAUGAACAUAAAUGAAACUAGAUAUCACCUCCAAGUAAUCUACACUCUGACCGUGGGUCCUGAUGAGAAGUUGUAUCAUCAUCCUGCAGACAUCGAAUGCAUAAUGGCAGAUGUCCAAUUACCAGAAGGCAUUGGAUACUGUGACAAAGAGAAUAUAUAUUUAGAAGUUACCAUUGCAGGCCUAUUUCAAUACUGGGUUCUGUAUGUAGGCAAUACACUUUUGGAUCAUAUCACUGCCCGUACAAAUGGAUAUUUUAUCACUACAAAUGAUACUCAUCUACUAUUGCAAGUGCCUCUUUUUGCUCCUGGGAUAAUCUAUGAGGAAGUGUCCUUUGAGAGAAUCCAAGCUAGAUUUGAUCUGGACUUGAAGAAAAUGGCCACUCUAGAGACCCUGAAUACCUUUUCCAUUAGGUGUAAUUUUCAGUCCUCAGAAUUCAUAGUGUGCUAUCCCAAUGGAACCAUAACUGUAUUGGCUCACAUGAAGACAGUUCCAUCCAUUGACAUGGGCAAAACAAGACUGAAGGACAACGUUUGUAAACCUCGAGAAUAUACGAAAAACCAAGCUUUAUUUCAAUUUCAAGUUUCUACUUGUGGCACUUCCUUAAUGUUUAAUGAUGAACACCUUAUUUAUGAAAAUGAAAUAUCCUUUGAAAAAGAAACUCUUCCAAUACAGAAUCGACCAAUUAUCACAAGAGAUCCAGAAUACAGACUGACUGUCUUGUGCUACUAUCCAAUUAAAGAGACAUUGAUGCAAAGUGCUAUGUUCUAUGGUUCCUCAUCUAGAACCUUACCUUUUGGUUCUGGUACAAUGAUGUCUUGGCCUAAUAGCAAAGGCCUUAUAAGGACAAGACAAGUUCUAAAUAUCCAGGCAAAUAUGUUCAAAGAUGAAUCAUUCACAGAAACCUAUAAGUCUCAUUCACUAGUUUUCAAGGGUUUGUGGGAACCUCUAUUUUUUGAAGUAGAAUUAAAAGACGAAGCUCCUAAUGUUGAGCUAUUUUUGGAAAACUGCUGGAUGACACAAUCUGAAGAAAUCAACAGUAUGCCACACUGGAACUUUAUUGCAUAUGGAUGUGAAACCAAAAGCUAUGGAUCUGUGAUCUUCUCUCCAGUAACCGCAAGCAAUCGAAUAAAAUAUCCCAAUCACUUCAAAAGAGUGAGGAUACAGAAUCUGACUCUUCCUCUGACAGAGGUAUAUUUGCACUGCACAGCAAAUAUUGGCACUUGCCUCCGUGUGCCUAGUAGCGGACUUCCCUGUAAACCAUGCCCUCCUGGAACAAUAAUUGAUCAGCAUUCUGAAAUUUACCCUAACCAUCAUGGUUAUGUAGUACUUGGACCAGUCUUUCUCCUUCAGCCUGAGCAAUUUAAACAAUUGAACAUCACAAGAAAUAAGGUAUAACCAUGCAGUUCUACUUACCUUGGCCAGCUUUACUUGGGAUUGUUAAAAUAUGUUUCAUGCUAACUUCCUAAUAAUAAAAGCAUCAUGAAUUAAAAACAGAAG